UCACUGGAUUUUUUUACUUCAUACAUUCUUUUCUAUUACACCUUAAUUAAUUGUGAUGAUGGACUCGACGAAUACUCUAUGUAUUUGAGAGUCGCGCACAUGCUGGUGGACGUAGGACCGUCUGUGACUAUCACCUCUUUAACGAAUUUCUUCGCUUUUCUGGUUGGUUACUACACGCCAACACCGGAAAUACAGGUCUUCUGCUUUGGAAACGCCUUCGCAAUACUAUUCGAUUUUCUUUACCAGAUAACAAUAUUCGCCGCUCUGCUUUCGAUCGUAGGCGAUUUACAGAUGCGAGAGACCUCGAAAUCAAACAAAGUACGGCAGUGGAACAAUUUGAAAUUUUCCUUCAUCCUUGACGAAUAUUCCCAGUGGUUGGCUAACAAAUUCACUGCUGUGUUCCUCUUCAUAAUACUAUGCUGUUACUGGUUCAUCAGCAUCGUCGGCGCCCUACAAAUUGAAAUCAAUUUGACAGCUGACAAGCUAGUGCUAAAAGACUCCAGACUUAUUAAGAUGAAUUAUUACCGUGAGCAAUUCAUACUUGUUAACUAUACGACAGCAAACAUUUUUAUCCAAAAUCCAGGUAAUCUCAACGAUCCAGACAGGCUAGAUAUGGUGAAUCGGUUAAUCGAAAGCUUUGAAUCAUACCCGGAAUGCCUUGGAGCAAACUUCAGUCACUACUUCGUUCGUGACUACAAAUUUUAUCGCGAAACGGUGGAGCUCGAGGAAGAAAAGUCUUUUGGCAUCACUGAAGAUCCAACAGAUAUUUUUACUCUGAAAGCCAUGCAGCCAUUCUUCUCGUGGCCUGAAUUCAAGCACUGGAACGGCUUUGUCAAAUUCGAUGAUCAUGGAAAGUUAUACUGCAUCUGGGCGACAGUCUCCUAUCAUGGAGAACUGAUGGGAGAUAACGUGUUUAGGAAAUCGCUUUUAGAAAGGUGGCGAGACACAUGUGACAGUUUUCCGGAUUUGAAUGUGUCUGUAUUCGAUGAUUACGCACCGUUUUUGGAUCAGCUUGAUUCGAUGUUGCCGGCAACCAUUUCCACUUCGAUCUGCACAUUAGUUUGCAUGAUGAUCGUCUGCUUUCUGUUCAUGUACAACCUCUUUACCGUCGUUGUCGCUACGCUGUCGAUCAUAUCAAUUUGUAUAGGCGUUUUUGGCCUGCUCUCUUUCUGGAGCAUCGAUUUGGAUCCGAUUUCAAUGGCGACCACUAUCAUGUCGAUCGGGUUCAGUGUCGACUUCCCAGCUCACAUCACUUUUCACUAUUUCAGAGAAGGUAUGGAGGAUUCAGACUCGACACCUGCCAGAAGAGUUGCAAAGUCGCUCUCGGCGAUUGGUUUUCCGCUCCUUCAGUGCGGCCUAUCGACAAUAUUAUUCGUUCUUUGUCUACUAUUCGUGAAAACUUAUAUGAGUGAGGUGUUCGUGAAAACUAUGGUACUAGUGGUCACUUUGGGACUAAUCCAUGGUUUGGUACUGGUGCCAGCCUUCCUAUGUGCUCUUACAUCAAUCUUCAAUGAAUUUUUCAAGAACCGGUUUUGGGGAAGCCAGUCAUCUAUAACGGAAUGGUUCUCCCGAAGGGAUUCGCGCCCGUCCAGUGAAGGAAAGGCGAGCGACCCACCAUCAAGCCACUAG